AUGAACCCGAUGCACGUGCCCCGUGCCAGACGGUCAGGCUUCAGCCGAUUGUCGCUGCAGAGCGAGACGACUGCACUCGUCAGACGUCACAAGGUAGUAGCCGCCGCCGCAGUAGCAGCACCGGUAGGACACAAAUCUUCACGAGUCCGAACUUUGCGUCGCUCCUUCGUUCCUUCCACCUCAAGGGAGACAGACGUUCAGUCAAAAGCCUGUCGACUCGUUAUCGCUGCACGAGGAGCGAGCGAGCGACACACACGGACUGUCGCUGUCGCAUUGUCAAUCGGCUUUCCCCUCGCCAAGGAGGUCGUGGUCGAGCCACUUCCGCUCCACGAAACGACGAACAGGUCCCGCAAGUCCGACAGACUCUUUGGUUACUAUUGGGCUCCGAUACCGACUGCAGCUCCUUCCAGCAGCUCACAAACGCCUCGAGUCGUCCGUAUCGUCGUCUCCUGA